AUGGAAGAAGACGAGUGGGAUGAUGCGCUAUUGUCUGAGAUUACAGCACUAGAGACGGAGCAUUUACAGACACGUCGUGGUCAUGAUAAUCAGACAUCUUGUCAUCUAUCUAUUGUAUCAUCUGAUGAUUCAUCGACUUGGAAUUGUCAGUCAUGUACACUACAGAAUGAAGCAUCAAGGAGUGUGUGUGUGGUGUGCACCACACCACGUAAGCAAUUUCAAUCGCCAGCGACGAAGGAUGUAGCCAAGAAAAUGAUGCAAUCGACACUUUCUUUUACUAAAAGAGUGAUUCCUGACGUAAAGACAGUGACAUUACAGCAAAACCAAGAGCCGCAUCGGAUGAAACGCUCUAGUUUAUCGCUUUUAAUGGCGACAAAUGAAGAACAAACAGUGACACAAUCACAGCAAACGAUACGAGCACGAGAAUUGGGACAAUGUAGGACUUUAGGGCACUCGGAAGUGGAUACAGGAGUUGCAACUACUACUGUUACAACAAACAGCCUUGCGUCAUCUCCUUUGUUGCAAAUAUCACGUCAUGCAGCAGGAGAAGAUUGUAAAGCUAGAAGGAGGUAUUUAGAUAUUGAAACUUCAUUGGCUUUUCCUGAUAUUGACUACGAAGCUGCGCAGUAUUUUGUAUACCCGACCAAUUACUCGAUACGAGAGUAUCAAUUGACCAUUGCAGAAAAAGCUUUGUAUCAUAAUACACUCGUGUCAUUGCCAACAGGACUAGGUAAAACGCUAGUGGCUGCUGUGGUUAUGUACAAUUUCUAUCAAUGGUUUCCAACUGGAAAAAUUGUAUUUAUGGCGCCAACAAAACCACUGGUAGCUCAGCAGAUUAAAGCUUGUCAUGAAAUUAUGGGCAUUCCAUUAUCGGAUACGGCAGAGCUGCAGGGAAAUGUACCUCCGACUGUACGCCGCAUGCUCUGGAAUUCAAAGCGUGUUUUCUUCUGCACUCCACAGAGUUUACAGAACGACCUAAAGCGAGGUGUAUGUGCUGCAGAGAAGUUUGUGUGUAUUGUUGUGGAUGAAGCCCAUCGUGCCACGGGCAAUUACGCGUAUUGUUGUGUGGUACAGGAGAUAGAAGCAAAGACGCAAUUUUUCCGUGUAUUAGCGCUUUCAGCCACGCCUGGAGCCAAGUUUGAUGUGAUUCAGGACGUGGUGACCAACUUGCGUAUCUCUCACAUUGAAAGCCGGUCGGCUGAUGACCCGGAUGUGAAGAGGUAUACUCACGUGCGUCAAGAAGAAGUGAUUGUUUGUCGCUUAGGUGUCCAGAUUAUGGAAGUAAAAAUGCAAUUAUUGAAGUGCUUUACACCGAUUGUUCAGCGACUUGUCCGAGGUAACAUUAUUCAGUACAGCGAUCCAGAGAAACUCACGAGCUGGUAUGUACUACAAGCGCGGGAGAAAUUUCGUAAGAGUCCAAGUUACGCGUCAAACCGCAGUGCAGAAAGCGACCUCGCACUAUUGGUGAGUUUACUGCACGCCAAAAGCCUUUUGACAGGCCAUGGUCUGAGCAGCUUUUGUGACCAGAUCAAGAAUUGGGUCGAGGAGCGCAAAAAAGGGAAAAUGUCGUGGUCCAAGAGGGAAAUGCUGCAGUCAUCGGACUUCCAGUCGCUUGAGUUGAGUGUGGCGGUGACUGCCAGCUCUAGCAAUACUGCUAGCCACCCCAAGCUGGUUAAGCUUCGUGAAGUGCUGCUGGAGCAUUUUCAACGUCAUGCUGCAGGUAAGUCCAGCACCCGUGCGAUUGUGUUCACGCAGUAUCGAGCAAGCGUGUCCGAGAUUGUAGCGCUUCUACGCCCGCUAGCACCUCUUUUGAAUGCACAACCAUUUAUCGGCCAGGGAGCAUCUGGCAAGGCCAAAGAAAACAAAGGUCAGUCGCAAAAGGUUCAGCAAGAAAUUGUGCGCAGAUUUCGGCUGGGUGAGUUUAAUGUUCUUGUAGCGACGUGCAUUGCGGAGGAAGGCCUGGACAUUGGUGAAGUUGACCUUAUUGUUUCUUUUGAUGCACUCACCUCACCUGUGCGAAUGAUUCAGCGAAUGGGCAGAACUGGACGCAAGCGCGUGGGCAGGGUCAUCAUUUUAGUAACAGAGGGCGAUGAGGAGAAGAAAUUAGCACGAAGCGCAUCAGCUGCGAAGACUGUGAGCCGCGCCCUUACGACAUUCAAGAGCAAAUUCACGUACUCCCGGUGCCCUCGUAUGUUACCAACAGGUAUUUGCCCACAGUUGAGAGAGCUGGAGAUGAAGAUUCCGACUUUUCAUGCGUCCCAGGUGGGUGGUAAAACUGCAUCUGGGACAGUUGACCCGAAUUUGUGGCAGCUCAGCGAGGCAGAACAAGCAGUAGCGCUAAUGAAGUAUUUUCCUUCAAACUUUGCGGCAAGUUCGAGAAACAAGUUGCAUCCGGUUGUUGCAAAUCGAACGCAUUUACUUCGACGUCAGCCGCGUAGUUUAGUACGGAAAGGCAUGGGUACUCGAGUGGGAUAUAGCUCUCGCUCGAUGAUGUUGCAGUUGCUGGUGCGAAAGAUCCACAGUAAUAAGGACAUAUUGCAGACAGAUUCAGACGAUGACGAUGAUAAAAGUGAUGGCAACGAGAUUGGCGCUGCAUCAAGCAACUGUGUGUUGUCAGACACUACAGCAGAAGUUACUUGUGGUAGUUUGCCGUCUCUGGACAAAACUCAACGUAAAAUUAGUAUGGUUACGGACAAUGCAGAAGGUGGCAGGGAAGUUGGCUCUUCUUGGCGUUGCGUCAGUAUUCCUAAAAAGUUGAAUGGUGAGGGUAUAGCUGAGGUAUCAUUUGCUUCAAUGAAUGAGUCAGAGACCACCUAUGACUUGCACUUUAGCCCGCAGUUUGUCGAUGUAGCAACUCAUGCUGCGUCUGAAGUGGAGGAUGGUGAGCAGUUACAGGGCAGCAUUACCAGCCGUCGAGAUAAGCAAUCUUCACCACCCACGGCUAGUGUCGAUGAAAUGCUUUCUAGCGCUCUAGACUUGGAACGUUCGUCGGGCGCACAGACACACCUAAGCGAGAUUGCAGAAAAUCUGUGUCGUUUACCAAACGUAUCUGAAGAGCAGUGUAUUGGUUUGGAUAAUGUUGAUAGCGAGGAGAGGUCUCAGCCAAUGUCUAUUGCCACUGAUUUUCCUGAGGGGGUCCUUCCUCGAACUUGUGCGAGAAUCAUUCGGCAAUUGCAUUUCGAUGAGGACGAAGUUGGUCGUGACUCGUUGAAUCAGAUGCAAAGCGCUGAACCCUCGCUGCAAGAGGUCACUGUUCCAGCCGAAGACGCAGAUGUGCGACCGAAGCAUGAGAUGUCACAAGUUGAAGACGAGGGUCAUUCUGGGUUUACGUUUGCAAUGUUUUCUGCAAAACCAUGUACAGGUGAGGUGAACACUAAAGACAGCAUUAAAGAUGUGACAAGCAAUACAGAUCAGGUCGAGAAAGAUUCUUCAGCGUGCUCUUUUGCUUUGCUGCCGCCCACUGAAGCUGAAAACGGAGGUACGAUCAGCAAACAUGGCUUAUCAGCAGAGUUGAUAGACGCGACUCCUCAUGAGCGAGAGUAUCAACUUGUUGACGAUGGCACUGAUGGUGAUGAUAUCGAUGAAAUGAACGAGGUGGACCUUGUAGCCAAGGACGAGUUAAUUUUCAAAACUGACACAGGUAUAAGCGUAGAAGAGACGAGAGAAUUCGGCACUGCAGUGAAGCGUGAUGAGACAACGGAGACUCAAUCACGUUUGAAACCAUGUGCAGGUGGGACAAAUGUCGUCACACAGAUGACGGUUCAGAUUCAACUAAACGGAGCUGAACAGGAACAGACGGGAGAAGAUAGCUGUUCAAUUUGCCUUGAAAGCGAGUCGUACGACGAUGAUCCAAUUGUGUUUUGCGAUGGAUGCAAUGUGGCAGUCCAUCAAUUUUGCUACGGGAUUUGGAUUGUUCCUCUCGAUAAAUGGUUCUGUGAUAUCUGCGCGGAUGCAAAAAGUAGCGAAUGCGCAGCAAAACCAAACCAACGUGUCUGCCAGCUUUGUCCACUCCGUGGUGGUGCGUAUAAGCAAACGAAGUGUGGCAAAUGGGUGCAUGUUCAGUGUUACUUGUGGAUCCCGGAACUUCGAGUGGAGAAGAGUGACGACAAUGUGCUUGUUCUUGGUGAGUUAAGCAGGCUAGACCCUGACCGCAAAACCCUCGACUGCUCCUUAUGUCAUUCACAGAAAGGAACUGGAAUAAUUCAGUGUGCACACAAGAGAUGCCUAGCAGCUUUUCAUGUCAGUUGUGCUGCCUUCGCUCACUAUCGCAUGGAUCAACUGGAUUUUCCUAACGAAGGAGACACUGAAUGUGGAGCAUUGUUUAUGGUGUAUUGUCCGCUACAUUGCAACUCGAAAGUGCCAAUUAUUUCGCCUGAGCAGCAGAAAACACCUUUGUCAACCAAGGUUCGAUUCCCCGAACCUCCAACUCCUACAGUGACGGAAACUUUGUCUCCGAGCCACUUGUUAACGUCACCUUCUUCUGCAGAGGCAAAGAAAAAGUACAAGACUUUCCGGCGAUUAAAACGGAAGUACGAUGCUACGCAAUCUCAAGCAUUCUUAGAACCGGGAUCAAGUGAAUCUCCGUCCUCAACUUCACCGUGGCAAAAGCGUAUCAGGCGGUCCAAACGGCGACGAGAGACGUCUCGGGUCUUGGCAGCUGCGUAUAUUGAAGACACAGCAGAUGUUCAAGGCGGUGUGAGAUCUGAUGAUGAGGAUGAAGACGACUACGGAGACGAUUAUAAAGAAGCGGCAGAUGACUCUUUUAUCAACGAUUCGUCGCAAUUGCUGUAUUCUCAGUCAGUCGUAUCUCCUGACGAAGCUGAGUACAGCAAGUCGAAGAAGCGGAAGAAGUCGAGUCCUAACAUGCGCGCUAUCUAUGCGCGAUCGCUGUUUGAGUCACAGAAUUCUCCACUUCUACUCCGCCGAGGCGGGCGGGAGCUAGGAGCUCUUCCGUGUAAUGGUAUUAUUCGUGCUUGUCUGACUAAAUUGCAUAAUGAAGAGAAUGAAGUAGAUUUCUCGCGUCCGAGACUACGCUCUCCACUGGUGCCCCAGACGGCAGGAGACAUUCUGGAAACACAACCGAUUAGUGCAACUGCCGCCGUAACUGAGUCUGAUGACAAUGACAGUUUCAUUGAAGCCGAACCUUCGCCCAGUUUUGACUUGCUUGGUGCUGCUAAACCAUUGGAAAUUGUGCAAGCAAGUACUUGCGGCCCAGUCGAGCAACGAGAAGUCAAAAGUAUGAGUACAGCGGAUAUCGAAAUGGCCUCACCAUUCUACAAUUCACGGGUCACUGAGAGACCACUUGCUGGUGCUGCAAAUGGUUCAAGUGGUUGUGACACACUUGAAGGACAUAUGAACGAUGCCGAGCUGCACAGAAAGAUUGAAGCAAACCGUAUGAAGGCUCUCAUCAAGCUGGAAGAACGCAGGCAAGCAAAACUUCAGCAAGCCGCGCAAUUUCUACGACCACAUGACGCUGCGGCACUGUCGAACAACGGUCUGAAGGAAGCUCUCUUUCACAAAGUUGCUGAACAUAGUCGCGCUUCCAUUGCAGCUACGACUUCGAAGAAACCGGACAAGGACGAGUCAGCUGAUCACCAUUAUGCAUCUAGACAAAGUCAAAACUCUUCCACCCAAAGUUCUCAGCGUACUGCGACUACGGUUGACUUAACAAGUUUGAAGCCGAUAAGACCUGGAUCAAUUCAGGAGAGCCAACCUAGCUGGGUCAUCUUCGUAAGCUCAAGUUUCGCAAGCUCAAGUGGAUAUGCUACAUUUCUAUCAGGCAAGCACACCAACAGCAAUGUGGUCAUCGAUAGUACGUUGGAGACGGAUGUUUUGUUGAGUGUGCGCAUGGCAGUACUGUUUCUAACCGGUACGCAGUUACACGACAUGGCUCUCGCUGCCCCAGCCCAAAACGUGGUCAAAAGCCGGCGGAUUCGGACGCUACUGGCAAUGCACAAGAAGAUUGUUAUAGCAGUCGUUUGCGAUGGAGGUGACUUAGCUGAGGUUUUGCGAUUGCGACAGCUCCCAAAUGUGACGGUCGCUGUUCAGCCGUGCUUCGAUUUCUUAUGCUCGCAGCUGCAUCAACUUGCCCGUCAGGAACUUGAAGAAGGGUAUGAACUACCAUCUCCAAGCUUGUGCCAUCGUGACUCUAGUGGUGGGAGACUCGGAAUAGACGCAGACUUUGGUUCACGUCUCGAGUUUUUCCGCACGAUUCACCCGUUAUCGCUUGACAGCGCACUUUCUCUCAGUUUUCGCUUCAAAAACUUUGCAGCGGGGCAGGUGCCUGUGCUCAAAUUUAACGAGAUGCACUGGAAACGAAUGUUGCCGUGGAUUUCGGAGUCAACAGCAAAAGGAAUCUGGAAACACGUGAACCAAAAACAUAUGUGCGGUAUUUAG